AUGUCUGAUCCUGAAAUUGACAAUUUGAUUCCAGCCCUCGGGAACAAUAUUCCCACUCAAAAAUGCUUGCAAGAGCUGCUCAUCACGGCUAUUGACUUGGAAGCGGAUUGUUUGGAUAAGCAACAACAGCGACAAGAUGCAUCAACGAAAUUAGAAGCGGUGCGUGCAAAAAUUCAACAAGCCAUCGAGAAAGAAAACGAGUUAAAACGAAACCGUGUGCCAGAACAACAUAAACAUGCUGAAGUACAAGAACAUUCAAACAGAACAAAAGCAAGAUUUAUAGAACAUUUUAGCAGCCUGCAACGAAGUAUGGGUAUUUCUAUUGCCUGUGCACCUGAUCGGAAACGGGUUGAGAUUUCAUUUGCCGAUGAUCAAAGAACAAAAGUGUUGCUUUCAUACAAUGAUAAAGGAAUAACUGUCGAUGAAAUGGAUCCCGCACAUCAAAACAUUGACGCCAUACGGGCGCACCUUCGUGAAACAGGGGACCUGGUGGGCUUUCUUUCUGUACUGAGAAAAAAACUAACGUACACUGAAGCCUGA